UAGGCUCCGUUCCUCGCUUCCUCUCAGGUUCUGAUGGAAAGGUGCAGACGCUCAGGAAAUCGAUUAUGGUAACUACCAUAACAGUCCUUUCCCAUGAGAAACUCACGAUGUAGUUGGAGAGACGAUAUAAAAGCAAACACUUUCAUUAAAUUGUUAAAAUCGCAUCAAUAAUAAAGGAACGCAAAUUUCAGAAAAAUAUGACCUAGUCUAAACGGAUCAAGGAAGAUUCCCUGCAGAGAUAUGAUCUAUCCUGGAGAAUGUUCCAUGAGCACUUGAGAAGAAAGUGUAUUCUGUUGUUUUUGGAUGGAAUGUCCUGUAAAUAUCAAGAGAAGAACUUUCAGAAGUAACCACUCUCCACGGCCUUCCAUCCAGCCCUGGACCCAGGGGGCCUGACCUAUACAGACUACUUCAAGAGUUUCCUUUGCUUUCUGACUUCAGGAUGGAUGUAGCCAAUGGGACUGGGAAGAUCCACAGGUGGGAGGACAGUAGAGGCAGGACACAGAGAGAAGGUGGUUGUCUACAAGCCAGGAAGUGGGUUCUCAUCAGGAAGCGAAUCAGCUGGCACCUUGAUCUUGGACUUCCCAGCCUCCGGAACUGUGAGAAAGGCUUAAAGGAUGGCCUCCUCGGAUCUGGAACAAUUAUGCUCUCAUAUUAAUGAAAAGAUUGGCAAUAUUAAAAAAACUCUGUCAUUAAGAAAUUGUGGGCAAGAACCUACCUUGAAGACUAUAUUAAAUAAAAUAGGAGAUGAGAUCAUUGUAGUAAAUGAACUUCUAAAUAAAUUGGAAUUGGAAAUUCAGUAUCAAGAACAAACCAACAGUUCACUCAAGUAUAAAGGACUCCAGAGUUCCAGAUGUGUUUCUUCCUCCAUGCUGGAACUCUUUGAAUGUCUUGAAGAAGAUUAUAAAGAUGUGGAACAUCUCAAAGAAAACAUACCUCCCCAUUUGCCUCAAGUAACAGUAACCCAGAACAUUGUUAAUGGAUCAGAUCUUGACCCUGAAGAACCCGUCAAAGUUGAAGAAGCUGCACCCACAAAGAAGCCCUCCAAAGAACAAAAAAAUGUUAAAGAAAUGCCAUUUGUAACUUCUGAUGAGUUUAGUGGCAUUCCUGCGUACAUGAAAUCACGCUUAACCUAUUGUCAAAUUAAUGACGUUAUUAAAGAAAUCAACAAGGCAGUAGUUAGUAAAUAUAAGAUCUUACAUCAACCAAAAAAGUCUAUGAGUUCUGUGGCCAGAAAUCUCUAUCACAGAUUUAUUGAUGAAGAAACGAAGGAAACCAAAGGCCAUUAUUUUGUAGUGGAAGCUGACAUAAAGGAGUUCACAGCUUUGAAAGUUGACAAGAGAUUUCACGUGAUACUGAAUAUUUUACGACACUGCCGGAGGCUAUCAGAGGUCCGAGGGGGAGGACUUACCCGAUAUGUUAUAACAUAAGGCCCUUGUGAGCUUUUGAACCAGCCAACAGUAGGGGAUAGAGGCUAUUCCUAUAGUUUCCUUAUAUGUAAUUUCUUUAUAUAUAAUUUCUUUAGCCGUUUCAUUUUCUUUGUUUCUUGUAAAAAUAAAACUUAAAAAUAAAUAAAGCAUGUAUAUUUUAAAAUCUACUUCCUUACAGUAAAUAUUUAAUCACCUACCAUGUGAGCCUCUGUUCUAGGCAUAAAAAUGUUCAUAUUUAGUUUUUGUGCUUAGUGACAGUGCUGCUGACCCCAGUAAGACGGUUGCAAAUGUGAUAAUAAAAGUCAAAGUUCAAGAAGAUAAGAUCAAGGAUAUCCAGGCUCUUUGGAAUUAAAGGUCAUUAGUGUCUAAAUUCCACUAAUGAUAUUUCAGUCUAUAGGCAAAAGCUGGAUUUGGAGGCAGCCCAUCCACGUGGUUAUUCUGCUUUCACAUGUGUGGUUAAGGAACAGCUUACCUGAAAUGCGUUCAGUGUAAAUCAGUCUGUAAACAUUGGCCUGUAAUGAAAUUGUAAUAAAAGUAUUUUGAGAUGAAAAAGAUGAUAAAAUAAGACAUAUAAGGUCAUGGAAAAUGAGUGGUUGGAUUGUAAGAAUUUAAUGGAGUUUCUUUUGCGCACUUAGGGAGGUUGUUAGUCUAUGUCUUAGUGAGCGUUCUCCAGAGAAACAGAACCAAAAGGCUAUCUAUGUAUCUAUAUCUAUCUCUAUAUCUAUCUAUCAUCUAUCUAUCUGUCUUUCUAUCUAUCUAUCAUCUAUCUAUUGACUGUCUCUUCUGUCUCUAUCUGUCUAUCUAAUUCUCUCUCUCCUAUCUCUUCUAUCUCCCCAAUCUAUCUAUCUCUCUGCCUAUCCAUUCUAUUUAUCUGUCUAUCUGUCUAUCUAUCUGCCUAUCUAUCUAUGGAGAUUCAUUAUGAGGGAUUGGCUCAUGUAAUCAUGGAGGCUGAGAGGCCCUCAGGUCUGCUGUCCGCAAGCUUAUGGAUUAUGGAGGCCCAGGAAAGCUGGUGAUGUGAUUCAGUCUGAGUGUGAAGGCCUGAGAACCAGGGGAGCCAGGCCAGAGCAGAUGAGACGAGAUGUUACAGCUGAGCAGUGAGGCAGGAAAAAAGAGCAAAUUCCUCCUUCCUUCCUCCACCUUUUGUUGUGUUCACGUCGUGGAUGGAUGGGAGGAUGCCCACCCACACAGGGGAGGGUAGUCUGUUUCACUGAGUCCACUGAUUCCAAUGCUUAUGAUUUGGUUUAGCUGUACCAUCUGGUUUGUAGGAAACACAAGGAAUAGAGAAAAAAGUUAAAUGUUAUCAUGAAGAAGCAAUCAGACAAAUCCAGAUAUGACAUAAGUAAGGUGAUGUCUUAAACACAAGUCAGUAACAGAAAAGAAUAAAGGGCUCCUGUUCUAGAUUAAAAGACUAAGAGCUUAGUCAAAUAUAAACCGUGAACCUUGAUUCCGUUUGAAAAAAAGAUUGAUGGACAAUUAUAGAAAUUUUAAUAUAGGUUGUGUAUUAGAUGCUGUGAGAGAACUAGUAUCCGUUUUCUUAGUUAUGAUAAUAGUCAUGGUUAUGAAGGAGAGUAUCCUUAUUUUCUGCAGGUGCAUCUGAGGUAUUUAUUUAGGGAUAAAACAAUAUGCUUUAAAAUGGCUAAGCAAUAUAAUUGGAUACAUACACACAUAGAGCGGAUAUGGUCAAGUGUUGUUUGAUCUAGCUGAUGGUUAGAACAGCAUUCGUUGUAUUAUUCUCUCUAAUUUUAUGUUAACAUUUUU